GGCUUCAGGCCUGUGAAGGGUUAAGCGAACCACACCCUCAGCGGGAACAGCCUCGGACUUUGUGCUGAGCAGCCAUCUCUGGCUUCUGGCUUGACCGACACCAGGAGCCCCGGCUGGAGGAGGCAGCACAGACAAGGUCAGAACGGGUGGACACUGGCAAGAGGAGGGCAGCUUCUUUCCUGGCCUCUCAACACCAUGGACAGCUCCUGUUAAAGGCACCUCUCCACCUUUGGGGCGGGCAUCCUGUGCCCCUUCCUGUUGAAUCGGGCUUUCAUCCACCGUCCUCCAAGGAACAGUGAAGCUACAGCCUCGUUCCAGUGUUGGGACCAGCUCCUCAACAUGACUCUCCUGGAAGGUUCCGUAGGGGUGGAGGAUCUCGUGCUCCUGGAACCCCUGGAGGAAGAGUCUAUGCUCAAGAACCUCCAGCUACGCUAUGAGAACAAGGAGAUUUAUACCUACAUUGGGAACGUGUUGGUUUCCGUGAAUCCCUACCAACAGCUGCCCAUCUAUGGCCCAGAGUUCAUUGCCAAAUACCAGGAAUGUACCUUCUAUGAGCUGAAGCCCCAUAUCUAUGCAUUGGCAAACGUGGCGUACCAGUCACUGAAGUUCCGGGACCGAGACCAGUGCAUCCUCAUCACCGGGGAGAGUGGAGCCGGGAAGACGGAGGCUAGUAAGCUGGUGAUGUCUUAUGUGGCGGCCGUCUGCGGGAAAGGGGAACAGGUGAACUCUGUGAAGGAGCAACUGCUUCAGUCAAACCCAGUGCUGGAGGCUUUUGGCAAUGCCAAGACCAUCCGCAACAACAACUCCUCUCGAUUUGGAAAGUACAUGGAUAUUGAAUUUGACUUCAAGGGAUCCCCCCUCGGUGGCGUCAUCACAAACUAUCUGCUGGAGAAAUCCCGCGUGGUGAAGCAGCUCAAAGGAGAAAGGAACUUCCACAUCUUCUAUCAGCUCCUGGCUGGAGCAGAUGCACAGCUGCUGACGGCGCUGAAGCUGGAGCGGGAUACAGGUGGCUAUGCCUAUCUGAACCGAGAAGUGUCCAGAGUGGAUGGCAUGGACGACGCCUCCAACUUCAAGUCUGUGCAGAGUGCAAUGACUGUGAUUGGGUUCUCCGAGGAGGAGAUUCGAUGGGUGCUAGAGGUGACAGCCCUGGUGCUGAAGCUGGGGAAUGUGAAGCUGUCAGACGAAUUCCAGGCCAAUGGGAUACCAGCAAGUGGCAUCUCUGAUACGAGAGGUGUUCGGGAGAUUGGGGAAAUGAUGGGUUUGGAUUCAAAGGAACUAGAGAGAGCUUUGUGCUCAAGGACCAUGGCAACUGCUAAAGAAAAGGUGGUCACUGCACUGAACGUUGUUCAGGCUCAGUAUGCCCGGGAUGCUCUGGCUAAGAACAUCUACAGCCGUCUCUUCAACUGGAUAGUGAAUCGAAUCAAUGAGAGUAUCAAGGUGGGCACUGGGGAGAAGAAGAAGGUAAUGGGGGUCCUGGAUAUCUAUGGCUUUGAAAUAUUAGAGGACAAUAGCUUUGAGCAGUUUGUGAUCAACUACUGCAAUGAGAAGCUACAGCAGGUGUUUAUAGAGCUAACACUGAAAGAGGAGCAAGAGGAAUAUAACAGAGAGGGCAUACCGUGGAAAAAGGUGGACUACUUUGAUAAUGGCAUUAUCUGUAACCUUAUUGAGCAUAAUCAGCGAGGUAUCCUGGCCAUGCUGGACGAGGAGUGCCUGCGGCCCGGGGUGGUCAGUGACUCCACUUUCCUAGCAAAGCUGAACCAGCUCUUCUCCAAGCAUAGUCACUACGAGAGCAAAGUCACCCAGAACGCCCAGCGCCAGUAUGACCACACCAUGGGUCUCAGCUGCUUCCGCAUCUGCCACUACGCGGGCAAGGUGACAUAUAAUGUGAACAGCUUCAUUGACAAGAAUAACGACCUACUCUUCCGGGACUUGUCCCAGGCCAUGUGGAAGGCCAAGCACCCACUCCUUCGGUCCUUGUUCCCUGAGGGUGAUCCUAAGCAGGCAUCUCUCAAACGCCCCCCAACUGCUGGGGCCCAGUUUAAGAGUUCUGUGGCCAUACUCAUGAAGAACCUGUAUUCCAAGAACCCCAACUACAUCAGGUGUAUCAAGCCCAAUGAGCAUCAGCAGCGAGGUCAGUUCUCCCGGGAGCUGGUGGCAACCCAGGCUCGGUACCUGGGACUGCUAGAGAACGUGCGUGUGCGCCGGGCGGGCUACGCCUUCCGCCAGGGCUACAGGCCCUUCCUGGAAAGGUACCGAUUGCUGAGCCGGAGCACGUGGCCUCGCUGGAAUGGGGGAGACCGGGAGGGGGUGGAGAAGAUCCUGGGGGAGCUGAGCGUCUGCACCUCAGAGGAGGUGACCUUUGGGAAGACAAAGAUCUUCAUUAAAAGCCCCAAGACUCUUUUCUACCUGGAGGAGCAGAGACGCCUUAGAAUCCAGCAGCUGGCCACACUCAUACAGAAGAUCUACCGAGGCUGGCGCUGCCGCACCCACUACCAGCAGAUGCGCAAGAGUCAGAUCCUCAUUUCCUCUUGGUUUCGGGGCACCAUGCAAAAGAAGCGCUAUGGGAAGAUGAAGGCGUCAGUCUUGUUGAUCCAGGCUUUUGUGAGAGGGUGGAAGGCCCGCAAGGAUUAUCGAAAAUACUUCCGGUCAGGGGCUGCUCUCACCUUGUCAAGUUUCAUCUACAAGAGCCUAGCACAGAAAUUCCUACUGGGGCUGAAGAACAACUUGCCAUCUACCAGUAUCUUGGACAAGAAGUGGCCAGCAGCCCCUUAUAAGUGCUUCACCACAGCCAAUCAGGAGCUGCAGCGGCUCUACCACCAGUGGAAGUGCAAGAAGUUCCGGGACCAGCUGUCCCCAAAGCAGGUAGAGGUCCUGAGGGAGAAGCUCUGCGCCAGCGAGCUGUUCAAGGGCAAGAAGGCUGCAUACCCCCCGAGUGUUCCUGUUCCCUUCCAUGGUGACUACAUUGGGCUGCGAGGGAACCCCAAGCUGCAGAAGCUGACGGGCAGGGAGGAAGGGCCCGUUCUGAUGGCAGAGACUGUGAGGAAGGUCAAUCGUGGCAACGGCAAGACUUCCUCUCGAAUUCUACUCCUGACCAAGGGGCAUGUGAUUCUCACAGACUCCAAGAAGACCCAGGCCAAAACUGUCAUUGGGCUGGAAAGUGUGGCCGGGGUGUCAGUCACCAGCUUCCAGGAUGGGCUUUUUGGCUUGCAUCUGAGUGAGAUAUCAUCAGUGGGAUCCAAGGGGGACUUCCUGUUGGUCAGCGAGCAUGUGGUGGAACUGCUGACCAAAAUGUACCGAGCUGUGCUGGACACCACGCAGAGGCAGCUUCCAAUCGCCGUGGCUGAGCAGUUCUCAGUGAAGUUCAAGGAGAGCAGUGUGACUGUCAGGGUCACCCAGGGGCCGAGGGGUAGUGGGAAUGGCAAGCUCGGCUGCAAGAAGAAGGGGAGUCAUGGCCUGGAAGUGACUGUAUAGUGAGGAGGUGGCAGGUUCUCCCUCCUGGACCAGCCCCACCCUCCCACCUCUGUGGGAGGAGCUCAUCUUCAACCCUCUGAUCAGGGGUGGUGCUCGGAGCCUGAAGAACCCUUGAAGAGGACCUUUCUUCUCCCAGACCAUCCCAGUCCUUUCUCCAAACUUCCUCCCACCCUCAGCCUCUCUGCCCACUAAUAAAACAAGUGACUUCGCAAAGCGUGGGUUAAUCUUGCUCUUGGAGCACAAGCCACGUGUUCUGGCACCGCCUGCACUGAGCUGAGAUAGGACCCAGGGUGAGGGGCUGUGUCCUGAGCGGGGGUAUCUCUGGCCAGUCUUCUUCCACCCCCAGCACCUCCCUCCUUCCCUGACUUCUCAGAAUCAGACUGAGGAGAUCCCCUGUGACUGAGGGGGUGGUGACCGCAGCCUGACCGCCCCCGUUCUCGGCUCAUCUCCUGCUCCCAGGGCCCAAAUUGUCGCCACUUUUCCAGUGAAGUGUCUGGUCAUUUUCAGAGGCAAUUUCAGGAGAAUAUGCAGCUGCUGCUGUUUACCCCGCUUUUCCUGUCCCUGGGGCUGAAGGCGCUGUCAGCCCCCUGGGCUGGGGGUGAGGGUGUGGGAGGGACCAGGAUCCUGCCCUCCCUCUGUCCCCCCCUCAAUCAGGUGGAUGGAUGCUAGUUUGAGGGAUGGAGGGGUUCCUCUCCUUUCCUCUCCACCUCUUCCUCUCUUCUGCCUCUGCCUCUUCUUUUGUGGAGCCCAGGAGUGUGUUUCCCUCCUCUGACGGCGAGAGGGGCUCAGUUUCCCCCUGUGUCGGAGGCUCAAAUUGACCCUCGUGAUGGGAGAACCUGGAGUUCUGCAGCCCUGAGCCCACCCGUUCUGCCAGCCCAGCAUUCUCAGUCUAAUUUGUUUCCGCCUCUGAGGGGCACUAACUUUCCUGGCAUUCCCCAGGACUCCUUUCCAGCAUCUCACAGCUCACACCGGCUCUCCCACAGCCUCUGCUCACCACUUCUUCCCAGGCUCUGAGGGGCUCUGCGAGAUCCUCGCUCUGUGGGGGCCUCCCAGCUGUCUCCUGGCUGCAGAGCUCCGUUCUUCACUGGUAUCUCCAGCCAGUGCCACCUACGGCCUGGCCCCUCAGCCCCGCCCGAAGCACCCCUCCAGGGUGUGGCACCGGUGUGCAUGUGGUGGACGUAGGCAGGUCCCUUGGUACAGGAGCACAUGCUGAGCUGGCUCCACCUCUACCCCCGGGAACAGCGAACAGUGACUAACCUGCCUCAUCUCUGCUCAGCUGUUCACACCUUUUCCUGGCCUCACCCUCAGCGCUGCCCAGCAGCGAGGGAGGGAACAGCAGAGGGAGGACAUGCUUGGGACCCUGCCCUCCAGGCCAGUAACAGCAUCUGAGAUGGGGCUCAAAUAAAGAGUUGGUGGUCAAAGGAAAAGACACCUCUGUGCUCUGUAGCUGCCUCGCCACUUCACAUGCCACUGGCAGGUGAUUUGUGAGCAAAAUGGAGCCUUGCCUGCCCUGAGCAUCUGAAAGAGCGAAGAAACAAAAUGGAGUCACCAUAGCCAAGUUAACAAAAUUACUUAAAUCAGAAUGGGCUGAAGCAUGAGGAGUAGGUUUUGUUUUAUUUUGACUAGCCUGAGAACAAACAUUUCAGUGGUGCAUCCAUGCCUGGAGAUAUAAAAGUCCCUAUAGACCACCCUCUGAAGAGCUUAGGAAGUUCCCAUGUCCAGACCACCUGCUACCCCUUAUCUAGACCAGGGACACCUGGAGGGUUACUGUCUUGGGCCAAUCCAGAGGCUGAGCGUGCAGAACUGGUUCUUCUCAAGAAUGUGCUUUUUACUGUAAGAACUCGCCACUUUUUCCCUCGGAACACUCUGGGUGUUAAACUGGAAGUGUUUUGUUUUGUUCCUCUCCAAUUUGCCAUCUUAAGACCCUUGAAUAAAACGUUUCAUCUAAUUCUAGCAAA